AUCAAAUCUACGAUGCCUCCUUCAAGAAGAGCCAACAACCCCCUCUUCGCCGCCAAAAUACAACAAAUGGCACUACCACUCGCUCCCCUCGUCAGACUCACAACAGGAGAAGUCCAUCCCUCCUUCCCGACAACACUCCUCAACUUCUGGCUCUUAACAUCCGAGCAACUAGGCGACCUAGCGCACUUCUACCACCAACGGACGCCAAGUGUGUACACGAGACACUAUCCUUGUCCUGUACAUCAAGAAUGGAGGACUGAUGCUACACUGGAGGAGAAACGGAGACGGAUUGGAAGGUUCAUCGGGUUGAGAGGAUGUGAAAGUCCGGUAGAGAUGAAGAGUGAAGAAGAGAUUGGGAAGGAUGUCAGAGAAAGGAGGUGGGGAGAUGAGGAGGAUGAGAUAUUCAAGCGGAAGAUGAGACGGUAUUGA